UCCUGCUGCUGGAGCCAGAUCAGGGAGCAAGCCAAGCGAUUACAAAUGAACGGGUUUUUAUUCCCACUGAGCUCAUCUAUGAACUGAACGUGUUUUUUAAAAGAAGAAGAAGAAGAAGCAAAUACGGCUGGGGGGAGCAGUGCUACUACUUAAGCUCCACCUGAUCCAGUUAAAGUGUUAGGGCAGGAGAUUAGGGGGACGCGCUUCCUUCAAUAUAGAGGAACCCAUUACUGACGGGAGCCUCAUGCGUAAAGUUGUGCUGUUACUCCCAUCGUAUCCGGGGACUACAGUCACCACCACCGGGACAGAGCGACCACGAUGGCGUCCCGGGUCUCCUUCACCCAGGUCCGGCUGGAAGUGGAGCUGGAGCGCUGCCGGGCCGAGUGCCAGUGGGACAAGAUGCCGGCGAUCAUCGACCAGAUGCAGGCUGCGCGGUUCCACGAGGACGAUGAUUAUGGGACCCUGAUGAUGGCUGAGGCGCUGCUGGAGGAGUGUCUGCAGGAAAACAUGGACCUAUUGCGGCGCGCCACACCUUUGUUGGACAAGACCCAGUCCAGACUGUUCAGGGCCAAAGGACACCUCAACACCAUCCUGAGCCGAGGCCGUCUCACACCUAGGUACCUGAAUGAGGCUUUGCUGCUGAUGGCCAAAGUGCACUAUGUGCAGGGCCGUUACCGGGACGCCCAGGGCAUGUGUGCCAGGGUGGGACUGGAGGAGCUGACACAGGACGACCAGCCAACCUAUCACCUUCGCCUGCUGGCUGAGGCAUUUGUUAUCAAAGGUUUGUCUCUGGACCAUCAGAUUGUGUCUUCAGUGUCUCGGGUUCGUCUGUCAGAGAGGGAGGAGGAGAGUCUGUCCUGUUACCUCAGGGCCUGCGACGCGGCUCUGUCCUUCCUGCAGGAGCUCGAUAAGACAGUAACCACUCCCCACACUAAGACAUCUAAAGCCAAUCUGCUGCCUCCACCUGUGGAUAUGGACCUGGGCUAUUUCCUGCAAGCUGCACUACAGAGCGCUUACAUUUGUCUACUGCGCAGGGGUCAUCUCGCACAAGGUGCUCACCAGCUGCGUAGGGUGCUCAGGGUGGUGGAGUCACGAGGGUCUCAGAGCUUCAGGAAGUCUGCAGGCAUGAAGCUGGCGGAGGUGCUGCUGAGCUCAGUGAGUGAAGACAGCUACUGGCCCCCACUUGGUCCUCCACCCUCCGCCUGGCUCCACAGAGAGGGAGCCGCCGCCUCCAAAGACGCCAGCUACCCCACCGUCAGACCACCGCAGCGUUACAGCACGGAGUGUUGCUUCUGUCCUCAGGACGUGGUAGAAGAGGCAGUGUUGCUGCUGCUCAUCACAGAGUCCAUGGCCAGUGGCGAAGCGGUGAUCAGUCGUCUGCCUGACCAGGCCGAGGCUCGCCAGGCCAGUCUGCAGGAUGCCACCUCUGUAUAUGAUCUGCUCACCAUCGGCAUGGCCAGGAGGGGGCAGUACGCCAUGCUCUCUGAGUGUCUGGAGCGAGCCAUGAAGUUCUCAUUCAACGAGUUCCACCUCUGGCACCAGCUGGGCCUGUCACUCAUGGCGGCGGGGAAGGGUGUUGGCGCUGUAUCUGUAUUUAAAGAGUGUUCCAGGAUGAGACCCGAGGACCCUUCAUUGCCCCUGUUGGCUGCUAAAGUCUGCAUUGGUCAACUGCACAGGUUUGAGGAGGCAGAAGCUCUGUCCCAGAGUGUGGUGUCUAUGGGGGAGGAAGCUGGAGAACUUCUGCCCAGGGCCUACCUGGCUCUGGGGCUCUGCUGCAGUCUACAGGCCUCUGAUGCUUCUCUCAAAGCAGAUCGGAAUGACUUCAACAAGAGAGCGCUGCAGGCUCUGAGCAAGGCUCACUCCUUGGACCCCCUGGAUGCACAGAUUGCUAUGUACCUGGCUCUGCAGCUAGCACUUGUCCGACAGGUAUCUGCAGCCAUGGAGCCCCUGCAGGCAGCUUUAACUCUCCAUGGAGACGACUUGCACUCCCUCCACCUGCUCACCCUGCUGCUGAGCGCCCAGAAACACUACCGUCAUGCCCUGGACACCGUGGGCCUGGCCCUCAGCCAGCACCCAGACAACUUCAAUCUCCUGUUCACAAAGGUAAAGCUUGAAGAGGCUCUGCUCGGCCCAGCCACUGCCCUGCAGACCUGUGAGGAGAUGUUGCAACGCUGGCAAAGCCGCUAUGAAGUCAGUCGCUCCAGUGAGACAGAUGACAGCAGCAGUACGCCGAUGGCCGAGAGGACGGAGGUCAGCCCCGGAGGCAGGAAACCCUCCAUCCACCUGACCCUGCCCGACUUCCAGGACGGCUCCACUGGUUCAUUGAGCCCUUCAUCAGUUGCAGUGUCUCGCCUGGAUGCGGCGCUCUCUGAGGUGUCCGACAUCAGCUCCUCCCGUCGCCAAGGACCCACCUACAUCUGGACCACCCUGGAACGCAUCUGGCUGCAGGCUGGGGAGCUGUUCAUGGCAGACGGUCGGUUAAAGGAGUCCCAGUUCUGCAUAGCUGAAGCCAGCUCAAUCUUCCCCAACUCCCACUCGCUGCUGCUGCAGCGGGGCCGACUGGCCGAGCUCCGGGGCCAACUGGACGAAGCCAAAGGCCUGUAUGACGAGGCCCUGGCCAUCCAUCCCACAGGAGAGAGGAUACUGGUGCACAUGGGUCGUUUGCUGGUGAAAACCGGGCGUGUCCACCUCGGGGAGAAGAUCCUGCGUGAUGCAGUUCAGGUCCACAGCACCUCUCACGAGGCGUGGAGCGGCCUGGGGGAGGCGCUGCAGUCUCGGAGCGCCAGCCAGGCCCCCGACUGCUUCUUGACAGCACUGGAGCUUGAGGCGUCUUGCCCCAUCCGGCCCUUCACCAUCAUUCUCAGGGAGCUCUGAGGGGGUCCGGCCUGGGGUGGAGGUCUGAGUGAAGGUUAAGGAACUGGCCUCUGGCUGGAUGAUUGUACACAUGGUGCAAUGAAUAGUUUGACAUUUAAGGAAGUAGACCUGUUUGUUUUCUUUCCUAGGGUAAAAUGAGAGGAUUGAAACCAUCCUUCCAUUAAUUAUAUAGCUAGAGCAAGGAGCACUUCACUUACACUUACUCACAGAUUUUAAGAGAUUUCCUCAUCUUUGGACCGAUGACUGUCUAAACGAUCUUGCCACUUCCUCCCAAUUUAGAAAAAUGAAUCCAAAGUAUCCCAGUCCCAGAGGCCACCAUCGUAUUUGGAGCCAGAUCGUGGAGUGGAACCAAGUUAUCAACAUCCCACCAGAUUUUGGCUUCACCAUUUAAUAUACAGUCAUUGUUUUGGGAGCGGCCUUGCUAGCUGUUUCUCUGUUGCCAGUCUUUAAUGAACAAAUAGGAGAAUGACACCUAUUUUUCUCAUAUAGCUCUUGGCAAGAAGGCAAAAACUUCUAAUAUUCCUUCAAAUGCGUACAUUUUUGGUAACAGGACAUGUAACAAGUUUUUUUUCAACUAGACUGAAUAGUCUCAGGUAAAAAUUAAGUUGUGUCAUGAUGAUCCUCUAAGUUCCAGAACUACUAAAUCUUUACAGUCAAAGAAUCUGAUUUUAGUAAGCUAUGUUGGAGGAAAAAAUUAAAAAGAAUUAAUAUCAACAUGAAAACAGAAUGAUGCAGGUAACAGGGGUGUAUAGACAAAUGUUUAAAGUUGUAUUUAAAUGAACAUCUCCUAUGGAGUUAUUAGUAAAGAAUCAGUUAUUUCAACCAUACUACAAAUGUAAUAUUUUUAAUAAUCAGAAAAUGUUCCCUCUAAUGGGUCCUAAAAUGCAAGGAUGUGCUGGUUACGUCUUGAGAUAGACUGUAUAGGAUGUUGUUGUGAUAUAUGUGGAAAUGCAGAUACAUGGAUUAUGUACAGGCUCCCAGUCACAACAGCAGCUCCACUUCAUCUGUAGCUUAGCCUCUGAUGUAUUUUUUGAUGAUCACGUUGAUUGACACAGCUUUUAUGUGCACACACACACACUACACACACACACACGCAAACACAGAGGGAUAUUACCUCCCUUUCAUCCUCAAAUUAGACCUCCUAUAUGAUCCUAAAUUCGCUUAUCAUUCCACAUUAUUUGUGUGUGUCUAUAUGUGUAUUCAUACUGUAGGUCUCUUGCAUUAUGUAUCUUUAUGCAUGUGUGUUUGUUCAAGACCAUCCCUCUGGGGUGUAAUCAGUCCCUGUUCUGUGUGUUCUGUUUGUACAGUAUAGAAGGCGACUCAUCCCUUAAUAGUGUGUGUGUUAUUUGUGUCGUUUUUUUUGACUCAUCUCUUAGUAAUGCUCUCCAUUAAAAACAACAAUGGCGCGUC